AUGUCCCCCAGCCUGCGCCUGCCCGCCCGGGCCGCUCUGCUGCCCCACUCCCUGCCCGAGCCGGGGGUCCCCCGGGGUCCCCCAAUAGCCCGCACCCCACACCCCCCCCGGGGCACCCCGGAGCCCUCGCGCCUCCGGGGCCUGGCCGAGAUGCCGGGGCCAAGCUCCACCGCCUUCAUCUUCGAGCUGCUGUGCCGAGGAGGGGUGCGGAGGCUGCAUGAGAUGCAGGUCCGUGGCCGGUCCCGGUUCGGGCCGCUCUGGAAGGCCCGGUUCGGCCCGGUGCUCACGGUGCACGUGGCCGACCCCGCGCUCGUGGCUCAGGUGCUGCGGCAGGAGGGGCCCGAGCCCAGGCGGGCCCUGAGCUGCCCCUGGAAGGAGCACCGGAGCCUCCGGGGGGUGCCGGGGGGGCUCCUCACGCUGGAGGGCGAGGCGUGGCGGGGGUCCCGGCGGCUCCUGGCUCGGGGGCUGCUGCGCCCGGGGGCGGCCGAGGCGUUCGCUGGCCCGGUGGCCACCGUGGUGGCCGAGCUGGUGGCGCGGCUGCGGCGGCUGCAGCGGCAGCACCCGCGGGGAAUCGUCCCCGACAUCGGCUCCGAGUUCAACCGCUUCGGCCUCGAGGCCAUCUCCUGGGUGCUGUUCUCCUCCCGCCUGGGCUGCCUGGGGGACGCCGGGGAAGCCUCGGCAGACACCGAGGGUGUGAUCCGCUGUGUGGGGACAGUGCUGGCACUGACGCUGGUGACAAUGGCACUGCCCCGUCCCCUCCUGCGUGUCUUUCCUGCGCCUUGGGACGCUUUCUGCCACGCCUGGGACCAGCUCUUCGCCUUCGCCAAGGGACACGUGGACCGGCGCGUGGCCGAGGUGGCUGCGCGGGGGUCGCUGGCCGAGGGGGACACGUGUGUCACCGACCUGCUGGCCCGGGAGCGCGUCCCUGUCAGCAGCAUCUACGGCAACGUCACCGAGCUGCUGCUGGCCGGGGUGGACACGGUGGCCAGCACGCUGGCCUGGAGCCUGUACGAGCUGGCACGGAACCCGGGGGCACAGGCGGCCCUGCACCGAGAGCUGGUGGCUGCCACUGCCACCAACAGGGCCACCAGUGGUGACAGUGCCACCACCGACAGUGCCACUGCUGCUGCCACCGCCACUGCCCUGGCACGGCUGCCACUGCUGCGUGCUGUGGUGAAGGAGACCCUCAGGCUGUACCCCGUCAUCCCGGGCAACGCCCGCGUUGUCUCUGACUCUGACAUCCGUGUUGGCGACUACCUGGUGCCACGCCAGACCCUCAUCACCCUGUGCCAUUACGCCACGUCCCGCGACAGCCGCUUCUUCCCCGCGCCCGAUGCCUUCCGCCCGGAGCGCUGGCUGCGCCGCAGGGACACCGGUGACACUCCUGGGGACACUCCUGGGGACACUCCUGGGCACCCCCCUGGCCCCACACACCCCUUUGCCUCUCUGCCCUUCGGCCUCGGCCCGCGCAGCUGCGUCGGGCGCCGCUUGGCUGAGCUGCAGCUGCACAUGGCGCUGGCACAGAUCCUGCUGCGCUUCGAGGUGCGCCCAGAGCCCGGGGGGGGCCGGGUGCGCCCCAUGACCCGCACCCUGCUGGCCCCCGGCGCCCCCAUCAGCCUCUGCUUCCUCGAGCGGUGA